ACGUAGCUACGUUGUCGUCGUCACUCGUCAUCGCAUAGUUGCUGAUAUCAUCGCCGCCGUGUGAUUUCUGGAGCAUCGUCGAAAGAGAUAAAUUUCAUUAUUAUUGUUAUUAUUAUUACGUUGGUUGUUUUACGUACUUUAAUGUGCGUAGGAAACUAGGAAAUCAAUAUAAUCUUUAAUAUUAAUUUAAUGUAAAUAUGUAAAUAGUAAAUUCCAACAAAUUGCAGUCUGCAGAUGAGCGAGUGACGAUGGCGCGGCGGCGUGCACACAAUAAUCCCGUAAUUAUUUCAGUCGUCGUCAAGUGAUCUCUCGUUAUCUUCUCUUCUUUCGUCGUAGUCCGACAUUCCGCGUUACGGCCGUUGUCGUAACGUAUAUGGCAUGUGACGCAGUAAAUGUACCGCCUAAUUCUAGUCCCCAACGAUGUAAAACAAUGCGCAACCAUGUUGGACCAAGGCCAGGUCGAUAUUAAUUAAGAUUGAAUAAAUAUCUAUGAAUGUUGAAACAAAUUUAAUCAUGGCAAUUAAAUAUAACCUUGUUAAAGCUGUAUUUUAUGUCAAAAAACCAAAUCAAUUUUUUUUAAUCUAGUCCAUUUGAAUACUAUACAAAUAUCAACAUGAAUAAUCCAUCUACAUAGUUAUGUGAUUUAUAAAAAUGCCCAGAAGACCAUUGACAGAUGAACAGCGAGAACAAUCUAGAAAACGUCGCUUAGAACGUGACCGUGAACGACAACGAAAGAGACGUUUAGAUCCAGUGUUGAGAGCUAUUGAGCGAGGAAAAAACACGAUUGCUAAAAGAUUAUCUAGAUCUAAAGUCCUUUAUGGUGAUAACAUUGAUAAAUUAUAUCCAGAAGCUAAUAUCGAUUGUAGUGAAAUGGCAUCAUUGUUAGAUAAUGUGGAUAUUGUAAAUUUAGAAGAUCUGAAUCGAAUAAAAAAAGAAAGAGAUAAAGAAAGACAACGUCAAAGAAGAAUGAAUCCUGAAUUCCGUGCUAAAGAACGUGCAAGAAAUAGAAUAUUAAAAAGGAUUUCUCGACAAAAAAAUUAUUAUACCUUAGAGCUCAUUUCAAACUGUGAUUUUAAAUUGUCGCCUUAACACCUUAAGAAGACACCGUGUAUUGUCUCAGCUAGCAAAUGUACUAUAUAGCAAAUUUGAGUUUAUCAAUUCCAAUUUUGUGAUGUUAUAUAUGUUAGGGUAAAUUUAUUAUCAACUAUAAAGGUAAGAUGAUGAUUUGUUAUUUAUAUUGGUGCUUUAAGAAGAUGUUAUAUACCUGCAUGUGUUGUCUCUGUCUUCAUACAUAUAAUAUGGAACAUUUUUGUUCAGCAGAAUUUAUUUUGCGAUGUUAGUUUUAAUAUUAAAGUAAAUUUACCUGUUAUCAAAUUUAAAGGUAAGAAUAUGACAUUUCCUAUAUAAUAAUAUAUUCUUACCCUUAAAUUUGAUGAUAGGUAAAUUCACUCUAAUAUUAAAGUUAACAUAACGAAAUGUGUUCUGCUAAAUGCAAAUUUGCUAUGAUGUAUAUUAGUAAGACAGAUAACUCAUGCAGGUAUAACAUCUUCUUAAUUUUAUUUAAAACAACUGGAUAUAAAAUUGAAUAAUGUUGUAAACCUUUUAAUUACUAUCAUGUAUGCGCUAACAGUACCAAACACCAUUGAUGCCUUAUUUAUUGCAUAAAUAUUCCUAACCUCUCAAAUAGGAGUAACCUUUAGCAGUGAGCUUUUGUGUAUGGCAGUGGCGAUGGGUAUGGCUAACAUGUGCUAAGUAUUGUGGUCUCGGAGAAUCGCUUUAUUACUCUAACAACAGCCUAACUUACAUUUCGCUAAGAUUAACACGAUAAACCAAAUUUUCGACCCUUGGCUGAUCGUCUAAAACAAAAACUGAUUUAAUCUCUGGAUGUUGUCUCACAAAAAUUGGUCAACAAUCUAUGGUUACGUUAGAUUUUAAAAUUAACCUAAUUCUAUUUAAGACAAGAGUAUACAAUAUAAAUGUCCACAAAAAAGUCUUUUUAAUAAAGCAUUCAAUGCAGUAACUAAAGGGUUAAAGUGAGAUUAGUAAAUAAAAUAUCUAUCAUAACUUAAAAAUGCUCAUUUAUUGCUAAAAUAUAAAAUACAUAGUACCUGUAUAUAUUUAUUAAAAAAAAAACUAUAUUCUUACUUUUAAAGUUUUAAGUUUAAUUAUUAGUAAUUUUAAUCAAUCAAAACACAAAAUUGGAACUGCUUUUCUUUGCUAUGUCGUACUGUUGUAAGAUGGUGAAAACACAUGUGCUGUGGGUAUGGCAAUGUCUUAAAGGAACACUAUAUCUGCAUAAUAUGUUAUCUAAUUAAUUUACAUUCAGAAGAACCAAUUUUUUGGGUAUUUGUACAUUAUGAACCUGUCAUUAUUUGAAUUUAAAGCUCAAAAUGUAUUUUCCCACUAACUACCAUGCAACUGCCACUUUUAUUAUCUGAUAUAUUGUAUACUACUAUGAUAAUUGUAUCUUCUUUAUUAUCUUCAUUUUUUGCUGCUUACUAUGAAGUUGGUCGCCUUUGUUUUAUACCUCCACAGGAGUUUGUCUCACCCACUAACCAGUAACCUCUACUAAUACUCAUUAUUACUGUGUCAAUCUCUAUUCUAUGCAUCCAUCUUUGGUUUACCUCUUCCACUUUUUCGUUUUACAUCAAUUUUUGUAGCUAUUUUCAGUUUCUGAGCCUUAUUACCUUUUAUUCCAAUCUCAACCUAUUCUCCAUAAUUUGUUUAUAAUUAGUGCCACUCACACAUAAUACCUGUAACAUAUGUCUAACCUAACCAUGUCUAUACUUCAUUACAUUAAACGACUCUUUAAAUAAAGAACAUAUUAUUUUCAAAAGGUUUUUGUAAAUAUUUUUCUCUCAUAAUUUAAAUUAUUACUAAAAAAUUUUGAAAAAAAUUUAUUUUUAUCGUUUUUUUUAUGUUUUAUUAUAUUUGAAUGACAAUAAAUAUUUUUAAUUUAAUUAAAUUAUUAUUUUUUUAUUAACUUAACAUUACUAAAACUUAAAUAUAUAUUUUAUUUUAUUACAUUUAACCUCGGUAUGAAUUAAGCUGCAGUAUUUAUCUGUUGAAAGCAAAUAAAAUUGAAAAAGUUGCAGGACAGUGAGAUAAAUCUUGGCGAUUGAUUUUUACCAUCGCAGGAUCAUAAUGUACUACCUACUAUAUAGUAAUAUUUUGUCAAGUUAACUUUAAUAGUAAUGUGAAUUAAUCUAUGAUGAAAUUAUUGAAACCUAUUGUUCAUAAUAUUAUUUGUAUUUGUACAUUGGUUUUUUAUAAUAUUUCAAUUGCAAUGCAAGUUUUGUAAAAUAUUUAAAAGUGCUUAUAAUUUACUUCAAAAUUAAAAAAAAAAAAAAAACAUAAAAACAUUUAUAUAAACACUACAGAUUACACUACACUACCUAAUUCAAUAUAAUAUGUCACAGUAAAGACAACUAUUAAUACAGUACAUAACUUCAUACAUUGCUAUGAAAAAAAACAUUGAAGUGCUGAUAAAUUUAAAUUUACACAGUUAUUUGUUUAUUUUAUUUACAAAAUGAGCUUAAGAGUAAUAUUAUAAGUAUGCAGUAGUGCAAUAUAAAUGUGUUUUUAAAACUUAUAUAUAAUUAAUACAAUUUACAAAAUAAAUAUUAAAUACUAAAAAUGGGAAAAUAGACCAUGCUCUUUUUUAGCUGCAUUUUUUGGAAUUAUAAUUUUUGUAAAGCCCAAACUUUCUGAAAGCUAGUAAAGGAGCUAGGUUGAGUUUUAAUAUAGCUACUAAAGACAAUUUUUUUUAUUAUCCAGGACAUUCACUAAAAGAAAAAAUAUGUCAAUAUAUUUUGAAUUAAUCAAUAUAUAUUCAUAGGUAGUAAAUUGUGAAUGCUGUGGAGAACCAAUAGAAAGUGACCAUGUAUGUUUCUCCAACAUAUUAUCAGUCGAACUCCAUGAAAUUGAUGUUGCCAAUAGUACCAUAAAAAAGGUCAUAAAUGAUACUAUAAAUGAU